AUGUAUAAGUAUGAACACGUGCAUCGAUUAAAUAAUAUAUAUAUAUAUCUUACACUGUUCAUAUCUCUCUAUCUAAAUCUAUUCAUUAUCUAUCUAUCUAUCUAUCUAUCUAUCUAUCUCAGUCUGUUCAUAUCUAUCUAUCUCACUCGUCUGUUCAUAUCUAUCUAUCUAUCUAUCUAUCUAUCUAUCUAUCUAUCUAUCUAUCUAUCUCAUUCUGUUCACAUCUAUAUCAGAUUGUUCAUAUGUAUCCACCUCUGUCUGUCUGUCUUUCUAUCUAGUGUUCAUCUAUCUAUCUAUCUAUCUAUCUAUCUAUCUAUCUAUCUAUCUAUCUAUCUAUCUAUCUAUUGUCUCUGUCUGUUCAUAUCUAUCUAUCUAUCUAUCUAUCUAUCUAUCUAUCUAUCUCUCUAUCUAUCUCAUAUCUAUACCAGUGUGUUCAUAUGUAGCCACCUCUCUCUCUCUUUCUAUCCAUCUAUGUAUAGGCUCUGUCUGUUCAUAUCUAUCUAUCUAUCUAUCUAUCUAUCUAUCUAUCUAUCUAUCUAUCUAUCUAUCUCAUUCUGUUCAUAUCUAUAUCAGAGAUCUCAUAUUUAUCCACCUCUCUUUCUCUCUCUUUCUAUCCAUAUAUGUAUAGGGUGUUCAUUAUCUCUAUCUAUCUAUCUAUCUAUCUAUCUAUCUAUCUAUCUAUCUAUCUAUGUAGCAAGCUAG